AUGACCACCACUGCGAACCAACUCCCGACAUUCAACGCUGCUUCGACCGCUGAGGAGGUCGUCGACGCGCUUGCGAGUGAAAUACAGGGCAAGAAUGUGCUCGUCACCGGCACAUCGGUGGGCGGAAUUGGAUUCGAGACUGCACGGGCGAUUGCCAAAUUGCGUCUGUCCAAGGAGGCGAUUCAGAACGAGUUCCCCGCCACCGAGGUCCGCACGCUCGAGCUUGACCUGUCCUCGUUGGCGGCGGUACGCAAAGCAGCGGCGGAGGUCAAUGCAUAUCCCGAAUCCAUUCAUGUCGUUAUCAACAACGCCGCGGCAACUGAGACCGUUCAUGGGCUCACCGUCGACAACCUUGAAAUCCAGAUGGCUUCCGGACACAUUGCGCCGUUCCUCUUCACCAAGCUCAUCUUUUCAAAACUUCUUGCCUCUGCCGACGCCGCGCAAGGCUGGACACCCCGUGUCGUCUUCGUCUCGUCAAUUCAGCACAACGCUGGCGAUGGAGUGCCUCUUGAGAAGGAGGAGUUUAUGCGGGGGAACGGGGGCCCGGAUCCCAACCCCGCCGUCCGCAUGUUUGCGCGCUACGGAGCCGUCAAAAGCGCUAACGUGCUGACCGCAAGGGAAAUGGCCAGACGCGGGGGCAGCAAAGUGCGGGCGUAUAGUCUGCAUCCUGGUGCUAUUAUCACAAACGCGUUCAGCAAAGGCUUUAAGGACGCAUUGCAGCAGGUUGGGGUCAUCGACCACGAGGGAAAUCCGGGAACAGUGGUCUCAUUUAAGACGAUCCCACAGGGCGCCGCGACAACUGUGGUGGCAGCAUUCGAUCCUCGCAUUGCUAACCAUUCAGGCGCCUACCUGGAGGACGGCGUGCUCGCGGAACAUAAUGUCGCACCGCACAGUGCUGAUACGCGGCGGGCCAAAAAGCUGUGGGAGCUCACGGAGGAGGUAAUUGAUGAGAAGUUUGACCUGUAA